AAGAAGAAGAAAAAGAAGAAGGAGAAAAAAUCCAAACUCAAGUACAAGGCGCCUAAGAAGAUCGAAAUCUCCCAGCCGUGCUGUUUCGUGCACGUGACCAAACUGGAGCGGCCGGACUACCUGGGCAUCCCGCUCCUGGUGUUCCCGCCCCCUCCCAGCGGGGCGGAGCUGAGGAAGAGCCAGGACAACAUGACGCGAGCCAUCAGCCAGAGCUCCGGACUCUCCGAGUGUUCCACCACGCCCUCCUCUGACCACUGAUUCUCUGCGCACGCAACCGCUAGCCCAAGGACCAUUGUAGAUCUAGUGAUGGUGGAUAUAUACUUCAUACACAGUCACUCACCCAAGGACUGUAGAAGUAAUGAGUGAGGUGGAUUUACACUCUAUACAGAGAAGCGCUUGCCAUAGGACAACAGUAGGGAUGAGUGAGGUGAAGUUACACUCUAUACAGAACCACUAGCUCUAGGACUGGCGUAGUAAUGAGCGAGUUGGAGAAACGCCCCUUACACAACCGCUAGCCCUUGGACCAUACUGAUAAUGAGCGAUGUGGAGUUUCGCUUAACAUAAAGUGACUCUUCUUACAGUAUAGUUUUAUGCUCCAAACUAAAGCGUAAGCUCACCUCACUUAUUAAUAAUAUAGUUAUAAUAACAUGCCCCUCGGCCGCUGGGUGGACACAGAAUGCUAAAUGAGAAGCAAACUGUCCUAUCUACUACAAAUAUUAUUAUGAUUUUGUAGAUGGAGUAUGUUCACUCUGAGAUGGCUAACGGACCUCUGGGCUACUUUACGCUAUAUAAGAAAACACUGUGGAGUAUGUCAUCAACUGUCGUGUGUCUGAAGUUCAGGCCAAAGGUUAAACACUUCCCCGUGGUGCGACCGACACGGGUUGUUAUCUGUUUCUGGAUGUUUUGGUAUCUCUAGAUCUUCUAUGUAAUAUCUCGGGACUCUACGACAUUGCUAUGUCUGAGACGUGCAUUUUUUCAGACGUCACCAGUUUCUUAGUGCGUGGUAUAAGUCCUGCAACUCUUCGCCCAAGACGCAAAAAAACCGAAAGUUUGCUUCUCAUAAACGGUCAUAUUUCUUGGAGUAUCUACAUCUUUCUACUGGAAUGAUAUACCUGUACUUUGCUAAAAUGGGGGGACGACGCUGACGCUAUAAAACCUUAUGCUUAUUCUGAUCACGUGGAGUAUUGUGUACAGCCUUCGGAUUCUGACCGUCUACGGGACAAAGUGCGUGGUAUUAAGUCCUGUGUUAGAGCAAGAUGUCUCCUGACCGAACAUGAUUAACGUCAGUUCAGCUGUUGAUUAGAAUCUAGUGGACUACUGUAUGGUGUUUGUUCUGUGUCUUGGCCUUACGGUCAAGAAAACAUGCGUCUGCGAUGAAAUGAUUUGACUCUUCAAUUCUUUCCCCAGGGCGCAAAAAACGAAGGUUCGAUUCUUAUCAACGGAAAUAUUUCUUGAAGUAUAGAAUCUACAUCUUUCUGCUGGAAUAUUGAAUCCUACACAGAUUGAGUUGUCCUGAACUGCAUCGAUGGAGGUGUAAUA